AUGACGGCAGUAGCAAUGCAACAGCCCGCUAUGGGCCCGCGUCCUGUUGUCUCAAUUGCACCAGCCCGUCCUCGCACCAUACACAAGUCUCCACCAGGCAAGGAGACUUUGAGCAAGCCUACCUCGAACAACGGCUCUGUAUCUAACAUCCGCUCACGGAGGGAACGCCCUUGUGACGCGUGCAGAAGGAGGAAAAGCCGCUGUGUGAUACACGAGGGUGCUGCGCUGUGCGUCUUGUGCGAGUUUCACAAGCAAGAGUGUACGUUUGUACAAAGCCCACUGCCACGCAAGAGGAAAGUUGUCGACGGCGAGAAGAAGGACUCGCCCAACAACACCAAGAAGAGAUCUGUCGACUCUGACCCCCCGCCGCUAGCACUCUCAACGCCCACCAUCACAGCAACUGCGCCGAGUCCCCCACCCCCAGCACCUCCCCCUCAACUAUCGCAACUAGCGACCCUCCACUUGCCUCAACUUGGAGAGACGCUGGGCCUGCAACGCCGCCAACAUAGCAGGUAUAUCGGUCUGAGUUCCCCCUUCGACUCGCUGCUCAUUGGUCUCUCCCAAUUCGAUACCCGUAACGAGUCUACAUUCGACCUUGGCACACUGCGAAGGGUAAACGAUCAUGAAUGUUUCAUUAUGCUGCCUGACGAGAACACACAAGACUUCGCCGGCGAGUCUGAGGCUCUGAGCCAGGUCGAGCAGCUCGUGCACCCCCAUGGUCCUGCUCUAUUAGAUCUGUACUUCCAAGUAGUACACCCGAAUUACCCCAUCAUACAGAAGCACUUGUUCGUCGAGAGGUAUCGCAAUGGCGAUCGCAGUUUUUCGCCAGCUCUCUUAGCCGGCAUGUAUAUUUUGGCGCUCAACUGGUGGACCCUCAAUCCCAAACUAGCAAACUACUCCAAGCCCGAUGCAUCCCGAUUAGAGACUAUUGCCAUGAAGGCACUGACACUGGCCAUGGAGCGACCAAAACUGUCAACUGUACAGGCAGGUUUGUUGCUGCUUCAACGUCCAGAAGCAGAUUCGUGGAGUUUGACGACACAGUUGGUAGCCAUUGGCCAAGAAUUAGGACUUCACCUAGACUGCUCAUCGUGGUCCGUACCCCUUUGGGAGCGUGGUCUGCGGAAGCGUAUCGCGUGGGCGUUGUAUAUGCAAGACAAAUGGAGUUCGCUCAUCCACGGUCGACCAUCGCACAUAUUCAACGCAAACUGGGCAGUGAAGCCUAUUACGGAGGAAGACUUCGUCGAAGAGGGAGACGGAUAUGACACACGACAAGAAGAGACUGAAGACGAGCAAACAGACAAUCACCGAGGCCGGAUACUCUUCGCUCAGAUGAUUGGGUUAACUCAGAUCAUGGCAGAAGUCAUGGACACUUUCUACACCCAGACGGCUAUCCAAGAUUUCGCCAAUGCUGGGAAAAAGUCGACCGACAUGAUUCUUGCACGUGCUAAGCCUGUACAAAUCAAGCUUCGUCAGUGGCACGAAAAACUGCCAGCGGAGGUCAAGAUGACCGUGCCCGAGAAAGGGAAGCUCACGUCAACGGGAUAUCUGCACCUUGCAUACUUCGCAACGGAGAUUACACUCCAUCGCCGCAUUGUACAGUCGCUUGACUCCACGGUCCGGGACUCGUAUGGCCUCUUCAUGUGCCGCAACGCAGCAAAGACUCGCUUGAUUUCUGCGAUGGACUUUGUCAAUCGACUCAAGCCAGAACACUUGCAGUCCUUCUGGUUUUUCGCAUCAAAGGUCAACUUCACUCUGAUCGGUACCUUUGGGUCGUUGUUGUGGGCGACAGCACCCGCCAAGGAAGAAGCCGAGUUCUACAAGCUACGACUAUCGGAGUAUCGCUGGACCCUCUCCGUUUCUUCGAAGCGCGCUGAUUUCCUUGAUUACGCCGUCUCCAUGUUGGAUGCAAGCCGUGCCAUGCUAAACAACUUGGCGGAAAAGCCUACUCUCGCAGAGCAGCAAGUCAGCAACGCCGGCGUGCCACCAGCGGCGCCUCCGAGACAGUACUCGUCCUUUUCGAACAUGGGGCCGCCACAAAACCCCAAUGGGGCAGGAAGAUACGAACACGAAGACAUCGACAUGGAAGACGACAAUGACCUCAGGCGGAUGUCGUCGGGCGAAAGCUUCGAAGGUUUCAACGACGAGUCGCAGUAUGGUGGUAGUCGGCCGCCAACGGCUGGCAACUCGCCUCGCUCACAGUGA